AUGGACGCCUCGCUGCAGAUUGAUCGGCAUCGAAAUAUGCAGAAUAUGAAGCAUGCGUUGCUGCAUGUUCAGCCCGAAACAGCCUCGGAUGCGCAAUCGUACGGCACUUUAGAGCAUGCUACUAGGCGGUCGGGCUCUGAAAAUACGAAGCAACCACAGCAUAUUGCCUCUGACAUAGCUUCAAGUUUCCCACCGGAGACGAAGGUCACAUCUCCUAAUGCUCAAGCAUGGCAGCACAGUUCUCCAGCGUUGGCACCGGCAGCAAACCCGCCUUCCCAGGAAAAUGCACACAUAGACGCGACUGCAGCAAGUGACGAGGGAACGAAGAAAGAGAGUGGUAUAGCACGUCAGAAGACCCUCGGUCACAAGCGAGCACCCUCCACCAACGCUCCGACUGUUCACCCUCUGCUAGGGCUGGAUGACGCUCAGCGGCGGCGCUCACGAAGCAUUGGCUCUAGCUUACGUGACCCUAGAAUUGCUGCGGUAUGCAUCCUGUCCCUUAACUUCUUCGAUGGCACUGAUCUUCCACAGCUAUCUGCUCAAUUACGCUCGCGGCUGUCCUAUGCUGCUGCCAAAGUCGAGAAGAAGCGGCAAUCCCAGGCCAGUAACCAUCUGCUCCAUCACCGCUCUUCCACCCCAAUUCUCAGCGCAGAGGCCCUGUCUCGGGGAGAGCACCCAUUAUCAAUAGGUGACAUCGAAGGGCAACGUUCGGCCGCUAAUGCUUCCCCAAAUGGGACUACCGUUUCUGCCCCAGACGCACCUGCAACAUCCAGCAUUUACCCACUGGAAGCGCCUGCUCUAUCUUCCCCAGUAAGUGUAGCGGAUGGUAUGUAUCCGCCCUCACAACCUGAUCCACAGAAGCGCUCUGCAAUUUCGACAACAGAGGACUUGGUCCCAAGGCUCGCUCCACCCGCGGACAUCACUUCCGGCCGCUUAAACGGUCAACGUCGACGUCCCAAUCCCAAUGAUUCUGUGAAUAGUGCACGACUUUCGCCCUUUCCUCUCCAUAGGCGCCAACAUUCUCAACAAGAGCUCCAGAAUGAUUCAGAAUUCGUCUUGGUGCCGGAAACCCCUCCACUGCGGCCUCGCGGUCACCAGGCGCUAGCAUCUUACAACGGAUUGGCCGAGAACUCGCAAAGCUCCUCGAUGGAACAGGAUGCCAUCGAAACUUUGUUAUUCAUGUCUAGCCCGGGAACUUCAGGGUAUCAUUCAAACUCGCAAAACUCGCAAAACACAUUGGACACUAUGAAUAUCGAUGGCGCUUGGCGAAGUGUGCAAACUCCUAGAGUGCUAAGUGAUAGUCAAGCCAGCAGCAGCAAUCCUGCUCGGGCUGAUAGUCAUGAGGCCAGAGCUGGCGACGAGAUUGAUAUGAUGCUCGAUCAAAUGGACAGUGAUAGCGACGAUGGAGCGAAUUAUUCGAGUCGCUCGGGCGGCGUUUCAUAA